AUGGCCACCGUCACUUUGACCCGUCCAGUGCAGCCGGACAUCCAGUAUGCUCCAGACUAUCAGAAGUUUCAGGCUCGGACUGCGCGCCGAGUUCAGGAGCCUGGUCUUCCCAAAAGCCUCCCUGAGGGCCUUCCGCAGAAGUUCACGAGCGAUAUGGUCUGGGAGGGAGCAACACUAGCCAACGAGUAUGAUUGGACAUAUGCCCUCACAACAGAACAGCUUGACGAACUUGACGCAGCGCUCUCUCACUUCAGAGCGCUGAAUUUGCCGCUCGGCCACAUCAAUCUGGAAAAAUUUCCCCUGCCCAAGCUUCAUCCCGAGCUUCGAAAGCUCUCAUAUGAGUUGCACAAUGGGCACGGAUUCUUCGUUAUCCGCGGCCUUCGUGUGGAUGAGCACACAAGAGAAGAUAACAUCAUCAUUUACGCAGGCUUGUCUUCACAUAUCGCACCUCAACGGGGUCGCCAGGACAGGCAAUACGACGGGAAGCCAGCUAAUAUAGUUCUCACUCAUAUCAAAGACUUAACUUUAACGAAGGACAAGGGCCAGAUUAGCAGUCCUGCCUACACUACGGACAAGCAAGUAUUUCUAUCGGAUUAG